AUGCAUAGUGAUGGAUACGAUAGGGAUAAAGAAUUCGAUAAUGGGAUUGAAAACGGACAUGGUCAUAGCUAUAGCAAUGAACAUUAUGGGCACAAUAAUCUAAACAAGUUUAAAGGUGGAUCUAACAAAAACUAUUGGGAAUUCAAAUCUGGAAAUGGAAAUGGGUUUAACGAAUUUAAUGAUAAUAAACAUAAUUUUGAAAGUGGGAGAGAAUUUAAUGGUAAUCACGAUGGGGAACCCAAUUUUGAAAAUGGGUUUAACCACAAUCACAAAUUUAAAAGUGAAGGUGGAUUAAACUAUAAUAACGACUGGGAACAUGAUGAUACUGACCACCAACACGAAGUCGAAAGUGAAGAUGGAUUUAACCAUGAUCUUGACGAUUUUGAAAAUAAAUUUAACCACAAACACAAAUUUGAAAAUGGGGAUGACUUUAGUCAUAACCAUGGUUGGAAACACGGAUUCGAAAAUGAGGAUAAAUUUAACCAGAACCAUGACCGAAACCACCAUGAAUUUGAAAAUGAGGGAGAAUUUAACCAGAACCACGGCUUGAACCACAAAUUCGAAAAUGAGGGAGGCUUUAACCAGAACCACGAAUUUGAAAAUGGGGAAGGCUUUAACCAGAACCACGAAUUAGAAAAUGAGGACUUUGACCAAGAUGAUUUUAACCAGAACCACGACCGAAACCACGAAUUCGAAAAUGAGGAUGACUUUAACCAGGAUGACUUUAACCGGAAUGACUUUAACCAUAACCACGACCGGAACCAUGAAUUUGAAAAUGGGGAUGAUUUUAACCAUGAUGAUUUUAACCAUGAUGAUUUUAACCAUGAUGAUUUUAACCAUGAUGGUUUUAACCAUGAUGGUUUUAACCAUGAUGACUUUAACCAUGAUGACUUUAAUCAUGAUGAUUUUAACCAUGAUGACUUUAACCAGGAUGGCUUUAACCAGGAUGACUUUAACCAUGAUGGCUUUAACCAUGAUGACUUUAACCAUGAUGACUUUAACCAUGAUGACUUUAACCAUGAUGGCUUUAACCAUGAUGACUUUAACCAUGAUGACUUUAACCAUGAUGACUUUAACCAUGAUGACUUUAACCAUGAUGACUUUAACCAGGAUGGCUUUAACCAUGAUGACUUUAACCAUGAUGACUUUAACCAGGAUGGCUUUAACCAUGAUGACUUUAACCAUGAUGACUUUAACCAUGAUGACUUUAACCAGAACCACGACCGGAAUCAUGAAUUUGAAAAUGAGGAAGACUUUAACGACCGGAACCACAAAUUUGAAAAUGAGGGAGACUUUAACGACCGGAACCACGAAUUAGAAAAUGGGGAUGACUUUAACCAUGAUGACUUUAACCAGGAUGACUUUAACCAAAACCACGACCGGAACCAUGAAUUUGAAAAUGAGGAUGACUUUAACGACCGGAACCACGAAUUAGGAAAUGAGGAUGACUUUAACCAGGAUGACUUUAACCAUGAUGAUUUUAACCAUGAUGAUUUUAACCAGGAUGACUUUAACCAUGAUGACUUUAACCAUGAUGAUUUUAACCAUGAUGAUUUUAACCAUGAUGAUUUUAACCAGGAUGACUUUAACCAGGAUGACUUUAACCAGGAUGACUUUAACCAGGAUAACUUUAACCAGAACCACGACCGGAACCAUGAAUUUGAAAAUGAGGAUGACUUUAACCAUGGCCGGAACCACGAAUUUGAAAAUGAGGGAGACUUUAAUGACAGGAACCGCGAAUUUGAAAAUGAGGAUGACUUUAACCAGGAUGACUUUGACCGGAACCACGAAUUCGAAGAUGAAGAGGACUAUAACCAAGGUGACUUUAACCAAAACCACGCCUUGAACCACGAAUUCGAAAAUGAGGAUGACUUAAAUCAGGAUGACUUUGACCAGAACCACGACCGGAACCACGAAUUCGAAAAUGAGGAUGACUUUGACCAGAACCACGAAUUAGAAAAUGGUGAGGGCUUUAACCAUGACCGGAACCACAAAUUUGGAAAUGAGGAUGACUUUAACCAGGAUGACUUUGACCAGAACCACGAAUUAGAAAAUG